AUGUUUGCCAAUGAAUCGAUGGCUGAACAAUUGCUGUCAGAGGUUGGUUUUUCUCAUUUUUUGCCUGAAAAUCUGAAAUUUUUGCUUAGAAAUUGCUCAUUUUAAGCCGAACAUCUCGCAUUUUCCAGGUGAUGAAUGCGAUUCAAACAAAUCUCUCAAAACACGAGAAUUCGAUGCAAAAAGUUGUGAAAAUGUUUGUGAAAAGAGCUCAAGGAUUUGGUGGAGAUUUGGAGAAGAUUCGAGAAUGUGAUUCAGAAUUUGCGUGAGUUUUUUCUCGAAUUUUUGACUGAAAAUUUGAAAAAAUUGCGAUUUUUUGAGCCGGGAGACUUGUUUUUGCCUGCAAAUUCUACAUUUUGUUAGCUGAAAAUUUAGUUGCAAAUGAAAAAAAACCUCGAAAAUUCACUGUUUCAAAAAGUUGUUAUAAAAGUUUUGAUCGGUGAAAUUUUCUAAUAUACAAAAUAGUAACAAAAUAUUAAUAAUAGGAGAAAAUUCCACAGUUUCAAAAAUUAUUUUCCAAAAAUUUUCUGGCUCACAAAAUCUGUUUCAAUAUCGUUCUUCACUUGUUGUGCCAAAAAUCCAUUGAAAUUUCAAAGAUUAGGUUUUUUCCGGCAUGUCGCAAAAGCCCGGGCCGUCACAGGCCGGCCGAAAAAAGCAGGCUCGUUUGGGCCAAGGCUUGCACGGGCCUUGACAAAAAGCUUUCUGGCUCGCCUUUUCCAUUGUUGACAAUAAAUUAAGACCUCAUCCUCUUCCUAAAAAAGGACCGGCCCGGAUCGGCCCGUUUUUCGAAAACCCGAGGGCCGGCCCCGUUUUUUUGUUCCGAAAAAAUGCACUGUUUGAAUAAAUUUAUUUUGAAAAAUCUUUUUGUCUCUUCCUGUGAAAAUUCGGUAGCUUGCUUAAUUUUCACAACUCACCUCAAUCUAUGUAUCUCUUCCUGUGAAAACCUUGAAAUUUGAGCCAAAAAUCGAUUUUUGGUUGAAAUUUUCGGGUAAGCAAAUUUUCAACAAGCCUGAGUUAUGACGUGACAAAACCUGGUGACUUCAAAAGGCUAUACAGCUUCAAAAACAGUAUUAGUGGUGAAAAUUCUCAACUUCAAGUAAAAAAUUCAAUUCAAAAUCACCUAUAUCCAAAAAAUUCCAAAGUUCAAGAGAAUCAUGCCUGAACCUUGAAAUUUCAUCCAAAAAUCGAUUUUUGGUUGUAAAUUUUCGGGUUCUCGCGCAGGGAAAUCUAUCGCCAUUUUCUUUUUGAAACAAAAUCCCAUAGUUAUAAUCUGAGUUAUGACGUGGCAAACCUUCAAUUUCUAAUUUUCAGAUACAAUCAAAUCACAGCCAAUGAUCUCUCUUUCAUCCGCUAUGACAAAUUUCAAAGAAUGAUUGCCGAUUUACGAGAGCAUGUUCCAAAAGCUCGCGCAUUUAUCAGCGAACUUGCCGAAGAACCGCGUGACGUCAUUGCCCCAGGUGUUGAUUGCUUCCUAGUUCCCUUUGCAAGAUUGGCUCCUCGCGCAUUGAAUGCUGCUCUCCUAGGAUAUCGUGAUGUGCUCAUCGAACUGCCCACCAGCGAUUUCGAGGUGCAAAAAUUCAAACUUCCGGCGGCUGACGUGGCGAAUAAAUGUUGCGCUGAAUUGGUUGCACUGCAUUUCACAUGCGGAGAAUUUGGAGAGGCGAAAAAGAUGAUGGCGAAAUUGGUGAAACCUGGCAUUGCUCAUCCUAUAGUCAAUAUUGAUGAGAAGAAUGCGAAACUUCAGCGUGCUCCGAAAAUUAAUAACAUCUCCAUUGUUGUGGUAAUUUCAAUCAUUUUUUUCGACGCUGUUUCUAUUUCUACGCGCGCUGAAAUGACUCUGAAUCACAGCAUUAUACUUUUCUCACAAGGAAACGUUUUUAAUGUUUCCCCCUGAAAAGAAGUGAUACUAUGCGGAAAGUGUAGUACGCCAGUGGGUGUGAAAAAGCCCAAAGGGAAUUUGGAAACAAUAAUUGAUUUUUAUGGGAAAGUUAUCACGGAAGAUUUUUUAAGAUGUCAUUUUCAAAAAAUCAUAAAACCUGUCAAACUCAACGAAAAGUUUCGAUCAACACAGGAUUCUGUAGCUAAAAUUGUUUGUGAAGCGAAAAAAAAAUUGUUUUGAAAAAAAUUUGUGAAGCGAGCGUAUUGCAGACCUUCUGCAGAAUGCAGCUCGGUCGUAUUUUGUUAGUAUCUGUUUCCAUUACUCAAGAAGAUAUGCUCCAAUUUGGAUUUUCUAGUAAAACUUCUCUAAAAAAGACAUUUUGAAAGCUUUGCUCGUAGCAGGGAUUGAACCUGAGUAUCAAAACUUCAUAAUUAAUGCGUUUAACGACUCGACCACAUGCGCAAACAUUUCUAACACAGGCAAUUCGUGUGGGGACUCUACGAGUACAAGAACAUCUAACACACAACACAACACAACACGCCCAAGGGGAAAAGAUAUAAAUGUCUAUCUCUUAUUUCAUUCUUGGUUUUAGUUGCUUUGCUCAUAAACCGCUUCAUAGUAUUUUAGACUUAUUUCCCUAAGGCUGGGGGACAGUCCAUCUUGUCAUACCCCACAUUCGCAAAAUGUCAAAAACUGGUCUGAAACGGGUAUUUGAGCAGUUUUGGACCAGUUUCAUGCCAGUUCAAUUUUGAACUGGUCAGAAACUUAUGAAAAACGGUUAUCGGAAAAUGAUGUUUCAUAACUAAUUCGGAUAAGAAAAACAAAGCUGUUAAUAAAAAAAGCGGUUUCGCUACAUUUGGAAUCAAAUUUUCUGAAAAUUUGAGUAGAUGAAAAUUUUGAGGUUACCAGUUUGAAACCGGUCAAAAACUGGUAUUUUAUUUUACAAGGGAAGUGCACGAGGUCAAGUUCUGAAAUUUUGAUGAACCAUAUCGAAAUAUACCAAAUCGACCAUUCAGAUCACGAAUCCGAAGUCAAAAAUUGCCACAAUCUCCUGUGAGCACAUUUCUGGAGCUCCAAAGUUGAAAUUGAGUUUUGGUUUUCGCCCAUUUUCACCUUGUUCGAGGGUGGAAAAUCAACUUUCAUAUUUCAAAUAA